UAUUUGAAAGCAAUAGGAAUGUAUUGAGAGUUUGCUGUGCUUAUAAAAUGUCUGUCUUACACAUUUUAUGGAUUUUAAGUGUAACCGGCAUAGGAAUAUCUUUGCCGUGUGACUACAAAAUAACACCUUUAACUGAAACUUUUGGUGGGAAAGUUACUGGACUGAAAAUUGAUCAGAUUGACAAAGAAUGUGCCACCAAGCUAAAACAGGAAGCAUUUAUGUAUAGAUUUCUGUUGUUUUCAAACCAAAAUCUACAAUGGCAAGAUCAAGUGUAUUUUACAGAGCUUCUAGGAACGCCUUUCACUGAAUCUUCGUCAAUAAAUCGCAAAAAGCAUGCGAAAAUUCCAGAUCCACGACUCGGAUAUUUUUCAAAUGAUCCUACGGAAGGAAUUACAUCAGUUGGAAUUGAGGGUUGGCAUGUUGAUGGGAACGUUGCAGAAAGCCCACACAUGUUUACAUUAAUCUACUGCAUAAGCAACAAUAAAAAUGGGCCAACACUGGUUGUUCCUUUGAAAGAAGUUGUUGACAUGCUUACUGACAUAGAGAGAGAAUAUCUUGAAAAACUUUUCUUUGUUAGUGGUCAUAACUCGAGUAUUAUACACCCGCUGUUGUACAAAGAACGAAACAGAAAAGAUGACACAAUUAUGCUUGCUCUUGGGAAAUUAUCUGGGCAGUAUUUAGAAGAAAUGGAAGAUGGUUCAAAGCGUGUAAUGUCCAUCGAGGAGACCAAAGCUGUACAAGAUCUAUUAGAAGUUAAGAUUCUAAGUUCAAAUAGGAUUUAUUCACAUCAGUAUGAACCAGGGGAUAUGCUAAUGUUGUAUAACCCGUCUGUUGCGCAUAUUGCCGGUCCAGGCUCACAAACACCUAGAGAAAUAUCUGGACUUCGGCUUAUGAGUCGAACUACAGUAUUGGGUGAACAUAGACCAACCAAAAAGUCAAAUAUGCAGUAUGAGUGUUCAAAUUUAACUCCCUUUGAAUCUGGGUAUUGUUUGUUUUCACUAAAAGAUUCUGUUUACUACCCUAGAGUGGGUGUGUUUGAUUCUCAGGACAAUGCUAGAAAACAUUGUACACGUGUUAAUAAAUAUGCUGACUUGGCAGUUUUACCGACUGUUGAAUGGAACGACAAAGUAAAGGGUAUUAUAUUGCACACUGGAGUUCCACAUUGGAUAAAUGCUAAAAAUCCACAAUAUCAGGAUGUAUAUUGGGAAGGGAUUGAAGAAAAAAGCAAUGUCUUGCUUUGGGACGUUGCCAGUGGACAGCCAAAUGACUGUGACAUGCUCGAAGACUGUGUGAUAGUUGGGCCAUAUGGACAUUGGUUUGAUGUGCCAUGUAGUGGACCAAAAACUAAACAAGGAUCCGAUCCUGGACCUGUUAUGACCUGGGAAAACGGAAAAAAGAAAAUGUUUAAUAUUUAUCCAUUGUGUGGAGUUGAAAUGAAGUAUCUAAAUGAAAACGACCCUUACAAAGUAAUAUAAAGUUUGUUAUCUGCAGUCAGCAAUGAAACUAUUUGCACUAGAUAGCCUUCAUUAGAUAAUGAUAUGUUGAAUUUGUGAUUAUUUUGAGGUGUUAAUUUCUAUAUCUAGCUCAUUUUGAAAAAAAAAUAGAUGAGAGGUGUUGGCAUCACUCUGGUUAAAAUUUUUGUUUGGGCGCAUUUUUUCUUGAACUCUUUAUUAGAUUUGUUUAGUAAAUGCACGAAGAACCAUAAUUGUUGGACUUCUUUAGAAUUAUGGUCCUUUUGUACUGAGAAAAUUUAUAUUUGGUCAAACGUUUAUGAUAAUGAUCGCUGUCCUGGAAAUUAUACGGGAGUGUGGAUUUUUCGGGGGAUCUAGGACGGUAUGCUCUCCUCAGACAAUUGUUGGCAGAUAUAAGUCAAAUGAUGCGAUCUGACAUACCGGUAUUUAACGUAGUUUGAGCACGACUGUAUGAUUGUAAAUGUGUGAGCAAAGUGCCUAAAUUGACUGAUGUCGGAAUUUUAGGCUAUCAAACAGAUUUUAGCCCACCUACCUGUAUCCUCCUAGAUGCACUGUUUUAUGGCCAGGAUAAUAAUUAUUUUCAAUAAGGAUUAAAGAAGUUUUAGAUUAAAUUUUGGGAUUUAAUGUAUAUUACAUGCAACACAGCUAUAGUUAUACAUGUAUUUCACUGUUACAUUUAUUCCCUUUAAGAGCGUCAAAUUCUGUAAUUAGUCUAAACGUGUAUGUUGUCAACAAAACACGUUUAAAUUUGUACUUUUAUGUAUUUGAAAAAAAAAUGCGAGCAUUCUAAGUUUUGGGGAAAUAGGAAAUAAAUUCACUGAUGUAGAUCCGACGUCGGGUAUUACGUUACAUUUUAAGUGUAACGUAAAAAUCUUCACGUCGCCAUGGUUUUGUUAGGAUUUAAAAUUAUUUGAACCAGUAAAGAUUAAAAAGUGGACGCCGAACAUUGUCGACAGUUCCAUCCAAGGAAAGUUAUUUUUAAAAUUCCAUGUUAUUUGAAGUGGCCCCCACCUGUUUUUUUUUUUUUUUUUUUUUUUUUUGUUUUGUAUCAGAUUUUGACGUCAAAGCAGGCGAAAAGUUAGUGGCAAAAUCUGGACUGGUUUACGGUGCGUAGCAAACAUGACUGUUUAUAUAGAUCGCCGGUCCAUUGUUUGUGGUAUUGUUGGUCUAUAGUUCAAUAUGGCAAGCCAGUCUGUACAUGUACGCCCUUAACCCCAACCAUGUUCCAAAGUCACCCGACAGUAUAAAAAAAUUAUCACCUCCAGGUGAAUUCCCAGUACAGUGACACGUAAUAGUAACAAAAGGCACGAUAUGUGAAUGUGAGAAAAAUAUAUAAAAAGAAACAAACAGAAUGAAACAUGUACGCAUGCACUCAGUGCCUUUGCAGGAGGCAGAACAACAAAUGAAACACCUUUAAGGGACCGUUGAAUAAGACCGGAAGUCAAACUUUGACAGAUCUUUAGCUCAUGUUGUCUGUUGAUUAUAUGCGACGUUAAAUAAAGCUUACCUUCAAGUUACCUUUA